AUGGCUUCAUCAGCGGCCAAACGUUGCGCCCCGAUAGCGACGGUGAAGGGAUAUCAAAAACCCCAGAAACGGCAGAAGAUCGAGCUUGCGAAGAAAGAUGUUCCAGCCGUGGAGAAGAAACCGGUCGUCGUCGAUUCGCUGCCGUGGAACGAAGUUAAAUUGCCGGAUAUGUUUGAUGAUGCAGAGGGGUUUUAUGGGCUUGAAGAGGUAGAAGGUGUGGAGGUUAUUCGUGAAGGAACUCAGCUCAAAUUUGUAUCUGCGAAUACACAAACGGUCGAUCAUGACGAUGUUUUUGAAGGGUUUGGCGAUGAUCCUGUUGAGCCAUUGGCUGCGGAUAAGGAGUCGAAUGGUUUGAAGAAAUCGGGUAAAGAGAAGAACGAGAAAAAGAAGGCAAAGGAAAAGAAGGAGAAGAAGGAGAAGAAGGGCAAGAAAGCCAAGAAAGAAGACUUAGAGGAGGUGGAGUCCGAAGUAGAGGACAAGGAAGGACCGAAUCCGCUCCAGAUGAAUGCGUUCAAGUUGCUGGAACAAGAUGAAGAAGAGGGGAUAGAUAUGUCAGCAUGGUCUGAAUUGGAUAUCUCCUCCGCAACGCUCGCCUCACUGUCAAAGCUGGGCUUCGCAAAGCCAACGCCUAUUCAAUCAGCAGCAAUAGCAGAGAUCCUUGCAGGGCAUGAUGUAGUUGGAAAAGCAGCGACUGGGUCUGGAAAGACAUUGGCUUUUGGGAUACCCAUAUUGGAAAGCUGGCUUGAGACCUACGGCGAGCUGGAGGAAGAGCACGAAAAGGACCCCCGUCCUCCCACUGCACUGAUCCUAUCCCCGACCCGAGAACUGGCGCAUCAGCUAUCUGAACAUAUCAAGGUUCUAUCCAGCGGGCUCUCGAAUUAUCCUUACGUGGCUACCGUUACUGGAGGCCUGUCCCUUCAAAAGCAGCAACGUCAACUUGCGAAGGCCGAUAUUAUAAUUGGCACGCCGGGGCGCCUGUGGGAGGUGAUGAGCGCAGAUAUUGCGUUAUCGGAAUCGCUCAAAAAGAUCAAGUUCUUGGUCGUUGACGAAGCUGAUCGGCUCUUAACUGAAGGCCAUUUCAAGGAAGCGGAAGAAAUUCUCGGUGCCUUGGACAGGCAACAGGGCGCAGCUGAGGGUGAUGAAGCGGUCCCCCCGACUCGGCAAACUUUGGUGUUCUCCGCAACCUUUCAUCAGGGCUUGCAGCAAAAGCUGGCUGGGAAGGGAAAGCAUGGACUUAUGGAUGAGAAAGAUUCAAUGGAAUAUCUUCUGAAGAAGCUUAAUUUCCGAGAAGAUAAACCGAAGUUCGUGGAUGUCAACCCUGUUUCUCAGAUGGCAGAGCGUUUGACAGAGGGAAUGGUUGAAUGUGCUGGCACCGAAAAGGAUCUGUAUCUCUAUUCGCUGCUUCUAUAUCACCCAAACCAACGUACUUUGAUCUUCACCAACUCAAUCCAUUCAGUUAGGCGUCUCACUCCUCUGCUACAAAACCUCAAUCUCCCAGUCUACGCUUUACAUUCUCAGAUGAUACAGAAGGCCCGACUACGGUCAAUUGAACGCUUCUCCUCUCCAAAGUCUCCGGGGUCAAUACUCGUCGCCACCGAUGUUGCUGCCCGAGGUCUCGAUAUUGGAGGCGUACAACUAGUAAUUCAUUACCAUCUACCACGCUCUGCUGAUAUGUACGUGCAUCGCUCAGGGCGAACAGCUCGUGCGGCCGCUUCGGGAUCAAGUAUUCUGCUUUGCGCGCCUGAGGAAGUUGUUGGAACACGUAGACUUGUUGCGAAGGUUCAUGCUCAGAACGCGAUUGCUGGGACUGGGAACAAGUCGAAGUACUAUAUGAGAUCUUUGGACCCCGAUCGCAAAGUCGUUGAAAGGUUAAAGCCGAGGGUUACCCUGGCUAAGAAAAUUGCAGAUAGUGCUCUGGCCAAGGAGAGGAAGGGGCAUGACGAUGAUUGGAUCAAGACUGCUGCCGAAGAGCUGGGUGUCGAUUAUGACAGCGAAGAAUUUGCGGCUGCUGGUGGGGGCCGUAAGGGUCGGGGGACUGGAAGGAAGUUGAAGGAAAAGGAGGCGAGAGGACUUACAAAGGGCGAGGUGGGAGCUUUGAGAGGUGAAUUGAAGAGUCUUUUGGCGCAACGAGUCAAUGUUGGAGUUAGUGAGAGGUAUUUGACGGCGGGGACGGUGGAUGUCAAUGAGCUGUUGAAGGGAGCAAAGGGGGAUUUCCUAGGGAAGGUUGAUGGGAUUGGUAUGGAUUCAAGUGAUGAUGCGUACCCUAAUGGGACCUAUCGUCAGUUGAUGAAGAAAAUAGAGUCGUUUCUAGAAAAGGGGGUGGGGUGGAACAACUUUGUUCCAUCUUACAAUAGCCGAGGCAGCUUGGACGCGUCUUCCACAUCAAGACGCGACGGGAGCAAUCUAAUGCCGCCAAAAACUAGAGCAAGCGCGCCGGCAAACCGUGUCUACAAAUCUAGCACCCCUCUUCAGCAGAGCAAGCUUCCAGUUCAGAAGAAGCGCGUCAGGUCGUAUGGCAAAACUAUAGGCCCUCGGAUUCCGAAAGCAGAUAAUACGCUCACACAAAUGGAUUUCGUUCAAAUGACACCCUCAUUCGAGGAGGAGGAGGAGGAGGAGAGCGUGGGAUUGGAUGUGGAUGAGGUAGUGUUAGAGAAAGCCAGGAAGCACCGGACGAAAACCAUUGGUGACGAACCCCUCGCCGAAGCGGAAUCAAGGAGGAAAAGGAGGAGAACUAUGGGUGAUGAACCUUCCGCGUCAAGAAAACCGAAGAAGAAGAGUCGAAAGUCUACGGGUGGAAUACCCAACGCCAUUCCCCAAUAUCAUACGCAAACCAUAACCCAAAUCGUCGACUGGAGUUGUUCCGCUCCAGAAGAACAGCCAGAAGAGGAUCUAGAUGUGGGAAUUUAUAGCGGCCCAUACUCUUCACAAUCCCCCAAACCAGCGAGAAAACCACCUAAGAUCUCCAAAUCCACCAAAGGAGCCUCCCCCACCAAGAAGAAUCAAAGUACUAGUGGUGACAUGCUUCGUCCUCAGACCCCUAGUCGGAAUAUAUACCGCGAAAUUCCCGCUUCUCAAUCUCCAGCCACACCAACAUCUACACAUUUGCGAGCCUCUGUAAGGCGCUUUCCGCUGGCAGAAAAGUCUCCCAACAUCCCAAUACCUUUCAAUGCGACCAGAAAACGCCAACCCAGUCCUCGGAAACUGCCCACACUUGAAAUCCAAGAUACCUUUGAAACCUCACCAGAUGUCAGCGAGCACCCCCGUGCGUUUUCAUCUCCGAAAAGAUCGAGCCCUGCGAAGAGCGUUAGAUUUGCUAUACCCGAAGAUGAUGAGGAGGUGGUCGUGACUUCGCCGUCCGUUAAGAAGGAAUAUAAUCGAGUUUCGCCGUCCCGGAAAUUAUUGUGGCAGGCAAUGCCAAUAGAAAUUCCUGAUUCAGAUGCUGAAAGUGAUGAAGAGCAGGGGAACUCGUGUGUGGGAGAACAGGAGACGCAGCCUGCGGGAGAUGGGUUCGGUAAUCCUGAUUUAAAUAUCACGAAGAUUGAACCAGAAACACAAUAUGGUGAGAUUGGCUUAGAUACACAGCUCCAAGCUGAAGGAUUGCUUGACCGGACACCAAACUUUCUCAAUUUGGAGGCCAUACAAGAAUAUGAGGAGCCGGCAAAUGACAUACCGGAGGGUCGCAACCACAUAAUAGAGAAUGGGUGCCUGGAGUCUACUGGAGUGGAUGAGGGGCCCACAAGUUCCAAAACUGAAGACCGGACCCAACAAUUACGAAGCCAACGCGUGGAGUUGAACGAAGGAAGAGAUGAAGAACCAGCAAGUGACAUAACAGAAUACCGGACCCAAAUGGAAAGCCAACGCCUUUCAACCCAAUAUGUACAUUCUAUGGCCCCUAGGACGAUAGAAUCAGAUAUAUUUAUCUCAGUCCCCCCUCAACAAGUUGCAGACAUCCUCAGCAGGACCAAAGACCAUAUAACACGAAACUGGCAAAUCCCAGCCCCAGUUUCACGAAUAUGGAUCUACGAAACCGCACCAAUAUCAGCUCUAAAAUACAUGGCUUCCAUCGGUGCUGCCAAACGUCCUGGCGAGAUUGGCAGUGAAACUGGUAAAGGAAACGUCCAAUUCAACGCAAAAACCCGUGGGCAAUGGUACGCAUAUGAAAUACUUAAACUGUAUGAGCUAGCAGACCCACUUCCGCUGGCGAAGCUUGUGGAAAAUGAAUGGCUUCAAGCCGCACCCGCCAAAUUCAAACACGUUCGGCCUGCCGUUCUUGGGCAAUUGAUGGCGAACCUUAAGCCGCCUCUAUUCAGUCCAGCAUCGGAGGAAAACGAACCACCUCAACAAGAAGGGCCAUCGUCAUCGUUGACUGAUACGCAGGAGGCUGAGGAACAACUGCUCAGUACCAUACGGCAGUAUACACAACACCCAGCAGUGCUAGAAUCAGUACCGUCAUCCCACCAACCAUCAUAUCCUGCCUCACCUGAGGGCUCACCGCACAUUCCAGAGACAGCGCCCUCCAGUCCCCCCAACCAUCCCCAGCCUCACUCUAAUCAGUCUAAUGUACUACGGCCCUCCCAAGCAACAACCGUUGACUUAACUCAGCCCCCAACGCCAAGGCAGCACUCCGUCACAGAAAUAAUAUGGGAAUCCCCAACUCGCCCCGUGCCCUCCAGCAAACUCCCUGCCCCAAAACGGGAGUCAGACGUGAGGGACUAUGAAGGCCCUGAAUCACUAGUGCCUUUCUCGAUGAAUUCUAGCCAGCUUUUGACCAAGAGUCAGAUGUUGCCUGAGAGUUUGUUGUCCGAGAGUGUGCCGGCUCCGCCGGGGUUUGUGCUAGAUUCUGAAGCUGAGGACGAAGACGAAGAGUUUUGA